AUGACAGACGUGUGGCUGCACGCGCCACCCGACGUGCUCUCCCGCAACAGCACGCGGCGGCAGGAGCUCGAGGAAGAGGAGGAGGCCGAGCUCCGAUGGGCGGCAAUGGAGCGCCUCCCAACCUACAACGCAAAAUUCGAUACCGAUAUAACCAACCUUGGUGCGCAGGAGAAGAAAAAAUUGAUGCACCGUAUUCUCCAGGUCGUCGAGGACGACAACGAGAAGUUCCUUCUCAGGCUCCGCAACAGAACCGACCGAGUCGGAAUCGAGAUGCCGAAGAUUGAAGUGAGGUUCCGGAACUUAUCUGUACACGGAGAAGCUUACAUCGGAACGAGAGCGCUUUCUACUCUGCUCAACUCAACCCUCAAUACAAUCGAGGCGGCUUUGGAAACGAUUGGCCUUUCUCCAUCGAAGAAACGUGCCGUUACCAUACUCGAAAAUCUCACCGGAAUAAUUAGGCCAUCAAGAAUGACACUGCUGCUGGGGCCGCCAGGUUCUGGCAAAACGACGCUGCUAAAAGCGUUGGCCGGAAAAGGUGAGAGCGACAUGAGAGUGACUGGGAAGAUCACAUACUGCGGGCAUGAAUUUCACGAGUUCGUUCCCCAGAGAACGUGUGCAUAUAUCAGCCAACACGACGUUCACCACGGCGAAAUGACUGUUCGCGAGACGCUUGAUUUCUCCGGCAGAUGCUUGGGCGUUGGGACGAGGUAUGAAAUGCUUGCGGAGCUGUCGAGAAGAGAACAAGAAGCGGGCAUCAAACCUGAUCCUGAGAUCGAUGAAUUCAUGAAAGCCACAGCUACGGCAGGGCAGGAAACAAGUUUGAUCACAGAUUAUGUCCUCAAGAUCCUCGGGCUGGAUAUCUGCGCGGAUAUUAUGGUUGGAGACGAAAUGAGACGGGGCAUUUCUGGCGGACAAAAGAAGCGCGUUACUACAGGGGAAAUGUUGGUCGGACCGGCGAAAGCGCUCUUCAUGGACGAGAUAUCGACGGGGCUGGACAGCUCCACGACGUACCAGAUUGUGAAAUUCAUGAGGCAAAUGGUCCAUAUCAAUGACAUAACAAUGGUCAUCUCUUUACUACAGCCUGCCCCCGAGACAUUUGAGCUCUUCGACAAUGUUAUCCUGCUUUCGGACGGUCACAUUGUCUAUCAAGGCCCGCGUGAGAACAUUCUCGACUUCUUUGAAUAUAUGGGAUUCAAGUGCCCGGACAGGAAAGGAGUUGCAGACUUCCUCCAAGAAGUCACUUCCAAGAACGAUCAAGAACAAUAUUGGUGUCGAGAGAAUCACCCCUAUCGUUAUAUCUCUGCACCGGAUUUCGCACAGGCUUUUAACUCAUUUCACAUAGGCCAAGAACUCGCUGAAGAUCUUCGAGUCCCGUAUGAUAAGUUAAGAGCACAUCCUGCUGCCUUGGUGAAAGAGAAAUAUGGUAUCUCCAACUGGGAGCUUUUCCGGGCAUGUUUCGACAGAGAAUGGCUCCUGAUGAAGCGCAGCUCGUUCAUAUACAUCUUCAAGACAACACAAAUAACAAUAAUGGCUACGAUCGCGCUGACUGUGUUCUUGAGAACAGAGAUGAAGUCGGGCAGGAUAGAAGAUGCAUCCAAGUUCUGGGGAGCCUUGUUCUUCAGUCUCAUCAACGUCAUGUUCAACGGGAUGCAAGAGCUGGCGAUGACUGUUUUUAGGCUUCCUGUGUUCUUUAAACAGAGGGACUGCUUGUUCUACCCAGCUUGGGCUUUUGCACUGCCAAUUUGGGUCCUCCGAAUUCCUAUUUCGGCUAUGGAGUCUUCUCUGUGGAUCAUCCUUACGUACUACACCAUCGGCUUUGCACCAUCUCCUGUGAGGUUCUUUAAACAACUGCUGGCAUUUGUGGGAGUGCAUCAAAUGGCUCUUUCGCUGUUCCGUUUCAUUGCAGCUGCUGGAAGAACUCAAAUUGUAGCCAACACUCUGGGGACAUUCACUUUGCUGAUGGUUUUCGUACUCGGAGGGUUCAUCGUUGCCAAAGAUGAUAUUGAAGACUGGAUGAUCUGGGGGUACUAUAUUUCUCCGAUGAUGUACGGACAGAAUGCCAUCGCCAUCAAUGAAUUUCUGGCUGAGAGAUGGAGUGCACCCACCAAUGGCUCCGAACCUACUGUUGGCAAGACUCUUCUUCGCGACAGGGGACUAUUUACCACGGAGAGAUGGUACUGGAUAUGCAUCAUGGCUCUUUUCGGGUUCUCUCUUUUGUUCAAUGUGCUCUUCAUUGCAGCAUUGACAUACUUAAACCCUCUAGGAGGUAGUAAAGCUGUCAUUGCAGCAGAUCAUGAAGAAGAUGAAGUAGCAACAAAGAGAAAUAGAAGAGAAAGAAAAGGGAUGGUUUUACCUUUUGAACCACUGUCUCUUGCUUUCGACCAUGUGAAUUACUACGUCGAUAUGCCUGCUGAGAUGAAGACGACGACACAGGAAGAAAGACUUCAGUUGCUUCAAGAUGUAAGUGGCGCAUUUAGGCCGGGAAUUCUAACAGCAUUGGUAGGUGUCAGUGGAGCUGGGAAGACCACGUUGAUGGAUGUCCUUGCUGGUCGAAAAACUGGAGGUUACAUUCAAGGAACCAUAAGUGUUUCAGGCUAUCCAAAGAACCAGACUACCUUUGCUCGAGUUAGCGGUUAUUGUGAACAGAAUGAUGUCCAUUCUCCUUAUGUCACCGUCUAUGAAUCACUCGUAUACUCUGCCUGGCUUCGUCUACCUGCUAAUGUUGAUAUAGAAACACAAAAGAUGUUUGUUGAGGAGGUCAUGGAAUUGGUGGAGCUUACUCCAUUGAGGAAUGCACUUGUUGGACUCCCAGGCAUCGAUGGCCUUUCAACUGAACAAAGAAAGAGACUCACCAUUGCUGUUGAGUUAGUUGCCAAUCCAUCCAUAAUUUUCAUGGAUGAACCAACCUCAGGACUUGAUGCUCGAGCAGCUGCAAUUGUUAUGCGCACUGUGAGGAAUACAGUGGACACAGGACGAACGGUGGUCUGUACAAUACACCAACCUAGCAUUGACAUUUUUGAAGCAUUCGAUGAGCUUCUGUUAAUGAAGAGAGGAGGACAAGUGAUCUAUGCUGGAGCUUUGGGUCACCAUUCCUAUAAACUUGUCGAAUACUUUGAGGCUGUGCCAGGAGUUCCUAAAAUCAAAGAGGGAUAUAACCCGGCUACUUGGAUGUUGGAUGUCACGACCCCUGCUGUCGAAGCUCAGCUUGAUGUUAACUUUGCACAAAUCUAUGCUAACUCUCAACUUUACCGGAGGAACCUGGAUAUGAUAAAGGAGCUUAGCACUCCCACCCAGGGAUCCCACGACCUACAUUUCCCAACACAAUAUUCUCAAUCCUUCUUAACUCAGUGCAAGACUUGCUUCCGGAAACAACACUGGUCCUACUGGAGAAACUCACAAUACAAUGCUAUUCGAUUCUUUACUACAAUCAUCAUUGGCAUUCUCUUCGGUGUCAUCUUCUGGCAAAAAGGGGACCAAAUACACAGGCAACAAGACUUGCUUAACCUUCUUGGAGCAACAUAUGCUGCGGUGCUUUUCUUGGGAGCUACUAAUGCUUCAGCAGUCCAAUCUGUCGUAGCAAUCGAGCGAACAGUUUUCUACCGUGAAAGGGCUGCAGGAAUGUACUCUGAGCUGCCCUAUGCAUUUGCACAGGUUGCGAUUGAGACGAUCUAUGUAGCAAUCCAGACCUUUUUAUACUCCCUACUACUCUACUCUAUGAUCGGAUACCAAUGGACAGGAGAGAAAUUCUUCUACUUCUACUACUUCAUAUUUAUGUGCUUCACAUACUUCUCAAUGUAUGGUAUGAUGGUCGUUGCCCUCACACCCGGCUACCAAAUAGCUGCCAUCGUCAUGUCCUUCUUCCUCAGCUUCUGGAAUCUGUUCUCCGGCUUCCUCAUCCCUCGACCUCUUAUUCCAAUAUGGUGGCGAUGGUAUUACUGGGCUUCACCCGUUGCAUGGACCAUCUAUGGUAUCUUUGCAUCACAGAUAGGGGAUGAGACAGGCAUGCUGGAACUCACCGGUGGCACUAGCAGAAUGCCGGUGAAGGAUUUCCUCAAGGACUACUUGGGGUAUGAUCAUGACUUCCUUCUCGUAGUAGUGAUUGCUCAUGUUGGUUGGGUUCUGCUGUUCUUCUUUGUAUUUGCGUACGGCAUUAAGUUUCUUAACUUCCAGAGAAGAUGAUGCUUAAAGAUACCAGUUGUAGCCAUAGGCAUUUAAGCAGCCAAGAAAAUUCCAGUGAAGUUGAGGUUGCCAUUUGAUGAUAA